CGACUGACCUCAUCCGCUUCCAAAACACCACGCGCACGCCCAUCACCUCCACUCCAACCAAACCCCCAGUACACGCCCGCUUAUCUGCAGCUCCGCGCCUGCUUUGGCGUUCUUCUGCAUGGGUGUCCUAUAGCUUCGACGCAGCAGGUUGCUUCCGCUGCAAUCAUGCUGAUCCAGCCUCAGCGGAGCUGCGACGACGGACGAGACCUUGCCACGCCUUGACGACACGACCACGACGACAGACAUACAAACUUUGCACAGCAUGCACACUCCCGAGAAACGACGCGGCGGGAGCCAUGUCCUGCGCACCGGCCCGUCGCACGCUUCUGUGAGACACAGCACCGGCGGCAGCAGCACCAACAGCACGAGCAGCGGCAGCGGCAACCUGCCGGCCCUGCCGCCACGAGCGGCAAUGGUCAACAACAACGUUGCCACGGCCGACGAUGCGCAGGAAGUGCCCAAUAACGGAGGCGGGCUCCCCGGAGCCAACAGCGGCUCCGGAGGUGGUGCAGCUCUGGUCGACCGCCGCGACAAGGACAGGGACACCAAGGACAAAGACGGCGGCCGCCCCAACUCGAGCACCGGGCACUACGGCGGUCGGGGGGCCGACAAGCACGCGCGCGAGGCGGCGAGCCUCCUCCGCGAGCAGCUGCGGGAGCGCGACGAGCGCAUCGCGGCGCUCGAGGCGGAGAUGGCGCUCAUGGAGAGCGAGUUCCACCGCGAGCUGGACAAGCUGUCGCAAAACGAGAGCGAGACGGCGACGUUCUGGCAGGCCAAGCACAGCGCGCUGAACCAGCAGUUCCUACGGACCGACACGGAGCUGCGGCUGCUGCGCGCCGAGGUGGACGUGCGCGAGGCGGAGCGCGCGGAGCUGCGACAGGGCUGGGAGGUGCUACGCCGCGAGCUGCGGGAGCGCGACGACGAAGUGCGCGGCCUGCGCGGCCAGGUGCGCGGCCUCAAGGAGUUUGUGAGCACGAGCACCCGCACCGGGUCGCAGACGAGCGAUGAGGUCUUUGGCGACGGCAUGGCGCGCCUCGGCAACGGGCUGCAGAACUGGGUCAUAAUGCACUUUCGCAAGGCCAAGCUGGACUUGACCAGGGUGGACGAGGCGACGCUGGCCGAGCUGAGCGAGCUGGUGCCCAUGUACGAGGACCUGGUGCUCGCCUCCAAGGUUCACCUCCUGCAGUCCCUCGUGUCGAGGAUCCUCGUCGACAUGGUCUUCGAUGCCUACUUUGUGGGGCUAUCGACGGAGCAGACGCGGCACUUUCGCCAGAUGGAGGACUUGCUCUGCUCGUUUUCCGCCUCCGACGAGGCCGUCAACCACUGGCGCUCGUCCACGCUCGCCCUGCUCCGCCGCGAGGCGCCCCAGAUGCUGCACGAUGAGACGAGCCGCUUCGUCGAGGCCGUCAUCGCCCGCGUGAACCGCCUGCUGGACGCCAUCGCCCCCGGUAGUCCUGCGACGGAAACGUCCAACCCGUCUUCUUCUUCCUCCUCCUCCGCUACCAAUGUCACCAACAGCUCACCACCCACAUCCGGCGCCGCCGGCCACAGCAGUAGUAGUAGUAAUAACAGCAGCAGCAAGCCGCCAUCGUCGUCCUCGGCCCGCGACUCGGCCCUCCGCGUGCUCGUCAACAACUCGGUCGAGCUCGCGCGGCUGCUCGUGGUGCAAAAGGCGGUGCUGCGCGUACACAUGCCCGUGGUGCUGCCGCACCAGCGCGUCCUGUUCGAGCCCGAGACCAUGGAGGACGUGGGCGGCGAGGACGAGGACGCGCUCGCCCGCAGGGAGAUUUGGUGCGUCGUCUUCCCCGGCGUCAUCAAGCACGGCGACGAGAACGGCGGGCAGAUGCAGUUCCGCAACGUCAUUGCCAAGGCGAGGGUGCUGUGCAGCCCUGAGGAAUGAAGAGCCGGGACGAGUGGUAUCGGCAAGUCCAAACGUGGGUUUUCCGGGCCGAGGGGUCCAACGGAUCCCGUCAGCAGCUCAUUACAAGACUUGGAGGCGGGUUGGACAGGCAGCGGCGCAGGUUGCGUCGUUUCAGCAUCAUGUACGCCACAAGGCACUCGUCGAAAUCGGCGCUAAUGACAAGCACCUUUGCUUGACGUUGCAAUGUGCCGGUCCUCAAGAGCCACUUACAGAUGAAUAUUAUCAAGUAAAUUCAGACACA